UAAACCCAAGCAAAUACGCUUACGUUUUGAUAUCUGCGUAGAGAGUAUGCAACCAUUCUUCUUCUCUGUAUAUAUAUAUCCAAACAAAACACUUUGACGAUCAAAAAGGACUCUUCGAGUAAAAUUUCAUUCUUUAGGUCUUUUGAUGCAUUAUGUCCUGUGUUUAUGAAUUCUCCUAAAUUUUCUUGAUUACUUACAUGACCAUUAGACUUUAAUGCAGCAACGAAUGCUACAUCUGGUCAAACACGAAACGUAUCCAUGGGCUCGUCCACUUUACCGACGUUUGGAAAGAAAUAUGACUUUAAUAGUGUGGCCAAUGAACCUUUGGUGGGGACCAGGGAUGUCAAUGUCUCAGACUCCUCCAUAAUUGGAUAUCCAAGAGGUCCUGCAUUUGGUGUUUCAAGCAACUCACACUUUGGCACCCCAAGACUUGAUUCAUACUCCUUUGGACAACCGGAAGUAUCUAUAUCAGGGAGCAAAAGGUGAACUUAUUGUCCAUUUUUCUCAUGUAUUGGAGCAAAUUAAUCAACAUUUUGAGGGAGAAUUUCGUUCUGUAAUCUAUAUGGAAAAGGAAGUACACCACCUCUUUUCAAGAGCUCUGGUUUUGGGAAGUCAACAUUUGGCAUUAAUCAAAAAGGAAGUAGAAUAGCAUCAUAUACUGCAACUCCUGGUAACGAUAUCACAGGAUUCCGAAUUCAAUCCAUUUGUGGAAUGCUGACUUAUAAAGAUAAAAGCCAGGAGGAGUUGAGGUUUGAGGACUACCAGUUAGGUGAUAAAGGAACAUUAGCCUUUAAUACAACAACGAAUGCUAUAUCUGGUCUAUUGCAAAACAUAUACCGGGGCUCAUCCACUUCACAGACAUUUGGAAAGAAAUAUGACAUUAACAGGGUGGCUAAUGAACCUCUGUUGUGGCCCGGAGAUUCCAAUGUCACAGACUUCUGUGCAUUUGGACCUCUAAAAGCUCCUUCAUUUGGUGUUUCAAGCAACUCACACUUUGGCACCCCAAGUUUUAGUUCCUAUUCCUUUGGCCAACCAGCUAUAUCCAUGUCAGGGAUCAAAGGAAAAGAAAGUACUUUGCUCCAGAACUCUGGUUUUGGAAAGUCAGUAGUUGGUAAUAAUCAGAAAGGAAGUAGAAUAGCAUCAUACAUUGCAACUCCAGAUAUAGAUAACAUAUUUCUCGAUGGUGGAGGAAUACAAUCCAUUUGUGGAAUGCAGAGUUAUCAACAUAAAAGCCAGGAGGAGUUGAGGUUUGAGGACUACCAGUUAGGUGAUAAAGUGGAAAGAGCAGGGAUUGACUCUCUAUCAAAUGAAAAUUCUAACCCAUCUUCGAAGCCACAUCAGCAGUCCAUUUCCCAUAUAUUUCCCCCAAACACAUCAUUGUUAAACUCUUGUGGCACUGGAAGUAGAGUGCAAUCUACUGCCUCAAAUGUUUCUUUUUCUCCGUGGACCCAUUCGAGUCCAUUUGCACCUUUUAAUCCAGCUUCCAGUUCUUCCACUACCUCCACCUUUUCUACAUUAAGGAAUCCGUGGUCUUUAUCAACAUCUACCCCUCUAUCUCCAUGUUCAGUUUCACCCUCUUCAUAUCCUUUGUUAGCAGUACCAUCAGGCCCUGAUUUUGAUCAAAAGAACUAUUUUCCUCCCACACCUGUUUUAACUACAGGAGGCGCUCCACUAUCCACAUUUUGCUUGAACUGCCUAAAGCAGUCACAGCCUACUCCACCAGGACUUUCUAAUGUUUCAAGCGCUCCACUUGCGACGAGUCAAAAUACUCCUCUGUUCUCUGUUCCUCUGCAGCCCGAAAUGACUCCUAAAGUUGGAAAAACACUUCCAAUAACCAAGGUUUCUCGCCCAUCAACAGAAGGUGCUAGUUUCUCAGAAAUUGGACAAGGAGUUGGUCAGCAGCCAAGUGUCGAUGGCCAACAGUCUUACUUUCCGAGAAUCAUGGAAGUCAAACCAUCACCAAUUAUGCCUCCUGCUGAACCACAACCUUCAGUCCAAAUCUCAGUUGAGCACCCGUUUUUGGAAACAUCCAUUCGGUAUGGAAUUUCUAGUUUACCUGUACUCUUUUCAUGGAUAAAGAAAACGCUUCUGGUGUACUAAGGACAGAAGUCCAUCGUCAUUCCAAGGGACCAGGUUCGUCCUACUUCAGAAUUCCACUGGGGGCUGAUUCAUCUAUGGACAGGAUGCAUGACAGAGAUAAAGUUGGUGACAAGCCCAAGUUAGAGCCUGAAGAGAUGCAUCAUGAUAUUGUGGCGAUGAUAAGGAUGUGGAUGGCAUUAUCCCAAAGCUUCAACGUGCUGAUUACUACACCGUUCCUUCUAUGGAGGAGUUGCUAUCCAAGGAGAAGGAAGAAGCUGAUUUUUGUUGCCACGUGAAG